ACGUCAUCUGUAGGCGUAAACCCGUGUGAUCGUCUGCAGUGGUCUUUACCAUAGACUUAUAUGAUGUCUAUGGUCUUUACUGUCUAUGGCAGUGAUUGGUAUACCUCUGUGUGCGCUAAUAUUAAGACUCGCGCACUAUUUAUCUUUGAGCAGCGCGUGGUGUGAUGGCGUGUUGGUUGAGCUGCAGUGUGAUUGGUCAGUGAGGGGCUCAUGGCGCGCGUGUUAUGGUCGGUUGUGCGGCUCGUCAGAGUAAACAAACCCGCGGCUCGAGCUCAAACUCACGCACAGCUUCAUCUAGCUGCUCCACAUCACACACAGAGUCAGAGGCAGCUCAGUUCACCUGUAAGGAUGCCAGAAGUUGACGUGGAUCAUCUGGAUGAGAAGCAGGUGCAGUUGCUUGCAGAGAUGUGCAUCCUCAUCGACGACAAUGACAGGAAGAUUGGAGCCGACAGCAAGAAAAACUGCCAUCUCAACUCCAAUAUUGAUAAAGGAUUAUUGCACCGAGCGUUCAGUGUUUUCCUGUUUAACAGUGAGGAAAAGCUGCUCCUUCAGCAGAGAUCCAAUGCCAAAAUCACCUUUCCAGGCUGUUUCACCAACACUUGCUGCAGUCACCCUCUCCACACGGCCGGUGAACUGGAGGAUCAGGACGCUAUCGGGGUCCGCCGCGCCGCUCAGAGACGCCUGCAGGCGGAGCUCGGCAUUCCCACGGAUCAGGUGCCUCCAGAAGAGAUGACCUAUCUGACCCGCAUCCACUAUAAAGCCCGGUCAGACGGCGUCUGGGGCGAGCACGAGAUCGACUACAUCCUCUUCAUGCAGAAAGAUGUGGAUCUGAAUCCAGACCCCAACGAGAUCCAGAGCCACUGCUACGUGUCCAAAGAGGAGCUGAAGGAGCUCCUGGAGAAAGCCCAGAGGAAAGAGCUGGAGAUCACGCCCUGGUUCAGUCUGAUCGCAGAGACCUUCCUCUUCAAGUGGUGGGACAACCUCCAUGACCUCAAACAGUUCAUCGACCACGACAGCAUCCACCGCAUGUAGGCCGCGUCUGGAAAGGACUCUUUAACGGUUCAUUAAAGCACAGUUUGGCCAUGUUUCUGAAUUUUUGGACAGGCUAGGAGGUUUAUUUACGUUGAAGUUCUGAUUGGUAGAUUGCAGGAACACGAAGCAUCUGUCAGAGGACCGAAGGAGGAUUGUGUGAAGAGCCUGGUUUCAGAUGAGAGACUCAGAUAAAACUAUCAGGACUCAUUGUGAGGUUUACAGUUAUGUAAAGUAAUUAUUAAAGAAGUAAAAAGAUA